CGGCCCCGCGCCCCGCCCCGGGAUCUGCUCAGGUGGUGGCUGAACCCCAAGGACUCGGCUGGGUGCCCGAGGGUGCACUGACCUUGCUGUGGCAGCGGGCGCCAUGGGUUCCGUUCUGGGCAGGGGCUGGCGCCCCGCUCUGCUCCCAGGACCCAGCCACUGCGCUUCCAUCGGGAAGCCCCCAGCGCCUGUACCCCCACGCCGCUCCCAGCACUGCCCCAUGAACCCAGUGCCCCUGCACAAACGCGGGUAUGAUGUCAUCAGGAACCCGCACCUCAACAAGGGCAUGGCCUUCACGCUGGAGGAGCGGCUGCAGCUGGGCAUCCAUGGCUUGAUCCCGCCCUGUUUCCUGAGCCAGGACGUGCAGCUGCUCCGUGUCAUGAGGUCCUACGAGCGGCAGCAGAGUGACCUGGACAGGUACAUCAUCCUCAUGACACUUCAGGACCGGAAUGAGAAACUCUUCUACCGGGUGCUGACGUCUGAUGUGGAGAGGUUCAUGCCCAUUGUGUACACGCCCACCGUGGGGCUGGCCUGUCAACACUAUGGCCUGACCUUCCGGAGGCCCCGUGGGCUGUUCAUCACCAUUCACGACAAGGGCCACAUUGCCACCAUGCUCAACUCCUGGCCUGAGGAAGACAUUAAGGCUGUGGUGGUGACAGAUGGGGAACGCAUCCUUGGCUUGGGGGACCUGGGCUGCUACGGCAUGGGCAUCCCUGUAGGCAAGCUGGCACUAUACACAGCAUGUGGGGGUGUCAACCCACGCCAAUGCCUGCCUGUGAUGCUGGAUGUGGGCACCAACAACCAGGAGCUGCUGGGGGACCCCCUGUACAUAGGCCUGCGGCAGAAGCGUGUGCAUGGGGAGGAUUAUGACCAGCUGCUGGACGAGUUCAUGCAGGCAGUCACCCACAAAUACGGAACCCACUGCCUCGUCCAGUUUGAGGACUUCGCCAAUGCCAAUGCCUUCCGUCUGCUAAACAAGUACCGAGACAAGUACUGCAUGUUCAAUGAUGACAUCCAAGGCACAGCCUCUGUGGCGGUGGCUGGGAUCCUUGCGGCUCUGCGGGUCACCAGAAGCCGGCUCUCUAGCCAUGUGUUCGUCUUCCAAGGAGCAGGGGAGGCUGCCCUGGGCAUCGCUCACCUCCUGGUCAUGGCCCUGGAGAAGGAAGGCGUCCCUGCAGCUGAGGCCACCAAGAAGAUCUGGAUGGUGGAUUCCAGGGGACUCAUUGUCAAGGGGAGGAGUCAUCUGAGCCCUGAAAAAGAGACUUUUGCCCAGGACCAUGCUGAGAUGGGCUCCUUGGAGGAGGUGGUGCAGCAGGUGAAGCCCACAACCAUCAUAGGUGUGGCAGCUGUGGCUGGUGCCUUCACAGAGCAACUCCUCAGGGACAUGGCCUCUUUCCAUGAGCGUCCCAUCAUCUUCGCUCUGAGCAACCCCACCAGCAGGGCCGAGUGCACAGCUGAGCAGUGCUACCGCGCCACCCAGGGCCGUGGCAUCUUUGCCAGCGGCAGCCCCUUUGAGCACGUGACCCUGGAAGAUGGCCGCACCUUGAUGCCUGGGCAGGGCAACAAUGCCUACGUGUUCCCAGGGCUGGCACUGGGUGUCAUCGCAGGUGGUGUGCGGCACAUCCCUGAUGAGCUCUUCCUCCUCACUGCAGAGCAAAUUGCCCAGGAGGUGUCUGAGCAGCACCUGUCGCAGGGGAGACUGUAUCCGCCCCUCAGCUCCAUCAGAGAUGUGUCUCUGAGAAUCGCCAUCAAGGUCCUUGACUAUGCCUACAAGCACAACCUGGCCACCUACUACCCGGAACCUUUGGACAAGGAGGUGUUUGUUCGCUCCCUGGUCUACACUCCUGACUACGACUCCUUCUCACUGGACAACUACACAUGGCCGAGGGAAGCCAUGAGUGUGCAGAUGGUCUGAUGCCAUUUCUGCAGGGCUGGGGGCAGGGGCAAGGGAGGGACACCCACAAUACAGAUGACCUCUGAUGG